GACGGAUUUCCAGACUCUAAAACAAGAACAAAAACAAGAAGGAACCACAGAAGACAGAAAAUAAUAAUUAAAUAAACACAUUUAUUUAAAGGAGGUGGCUAGCGAGACAUCUACAUAAGACUCAGAGCUUCGUUUCUCUUCAAAUAAGAUUUCCAGGAAUGGAAUCUAUAUCGAGCCAGCUAUCAGCCGGGAGAGAUUCCACCUGUUCACCAAACUCGAAACAGGAGUUGCAGUCCUACACCGGCCCCACACUAAAACCCAACCAAGUCAGUGAGACCUCUCUGUACGGAAUACCUAUCGUCUCCUUGGUCAUAGAUGGCCAAGAACGAUUGUGCCUGGCCCAGAUUUCUAACACCCUCUUGAAAAACUAUAGCUAUAACGAAAUACACAACCGGCGUGUGGCUUUGGGCAUCACCUGUGUGCAGUGCACGCCAGUUCAGCUGGAGAUCCUGAGGCGCGCAGGUGCCAUGCCAAUCUCCUCCAGGCGCUGCGGAAUGAUCACCAAGCGCGAAGCAGAGCGCCUCUGCAAGUCCUUCCUCGGUGAACACAACCCGCCCAAACUGCCCGAAAAUUUCGCUUUUGAUGUCUCACACGAGUGUGCGUGGGGAUGCCGCGGCAACUUUAUACCGGCCCGAUACAACAGCUCGAGAGCGAAGUGCAUAAAGUGCUCGUUCUGUAACAUGUAUUUUUCACCAAACAAAUUCAUAUUUCAUUCUCAUCGCACGCCCGAGUCCAAAUACACGCAGCCCGACGCAGCAAACUUUAACUCGUGGAGACGACACCUAAAGCUAUCGGACAAAAACUCCUCGGACGACGUGACCCACGCUUGGGAAGACGUGAAGGCCAUGUUCAACGGAGGCAGUCGGAAAAGGACACUGCCUGGGCAUGGGUCUGAGAGUUCAUCCCCUAUGAAAUCACAAGGCGCCGUCAGUGGAGCCCAGGGACGUUCAUCUGAGGUGCCCCUUAAAACUCUUCGUUGUGAGGAGGACAGAGCCACUGUGCCCAUACCGAGUGGCAUCCGCAGUUAUCCUGUGAUCCCGGUACCUAGCAAGAGUUUUGGGAUGCUACAGAAGAUUCCGCCACCCCUCUUCCCCCAUCCAUACGGUUUCCAGGCGUUUGGUCUGUGUCAGAAGAAAGAUGAUGGUGUGGUAGGGGAUCAGAACAAAACUAACUUGCCUGGCGUGUUCUGGCCAGGCGCGAAGGACAGCGCUUACCCUUCAUUUCCCAUGUUUUGGCCCACGGCAAGUGGCCUGCCCAUGGCUCCUUAUCACCACGCGCCACCGAAACCGCCUCCCGAGGUGCUUUGCGCACGGCAGCACGAGUUCGAUGCGUCGGAGCCGAGCGAGAGGAGCGCCAGCACCCCUAAAGACAGCCUGCAGGAGAACGAGCGCUGCUCCAGCACACAGUCCAGCCGCAACGACGAGGACAAGUCCGGGGAUGAGACCAGAACUACGGAAAGCAUGCCAAGAAAACCGAGCUAUGUCUCGGCCUUCAGGCCUGUUGUUAAGGACACAGAGAGUAUAGCAAAGCUGUACGGCAACAGAGGCCCGUAUGCGGGAACCAGGCCUGGUUACUUAUCACCUGACUUCCUCAGCGAAAGUUCGAGUUAUAGGUCGGCCUCUCCAGACGUGGACGACAGCGCGGAGGACCCGGAUGUGGACGUGGAGUCACACAAAGUACAGGAAGAUGAUGAAGAAGAAGAAUGCCUACAACUUUCAGUGGACGACCACCACAGCCCACCAGCUUUGUCUGCUCACGUGCACGGCGAUGGAGGGAAAAGACAAGGAGAGGAAAAUAGCCGAACGGUCGUAGUGAGUGAUCCACACACUACACAUCCGAGUGAGGCAGAGAAGCAGAACAAGGCUCUACUGGAGAGCAACAAAGCUUCAACUCGUUAUGAAGUGUACGCACAUGAAAGGAUGGCGCCGCUGUAUCAGAUGAGUGCCCCGUGUUUCAGCUCGACAGCCACUUAUCAGCGCGACUCCAGCGUUAAAGAUGCGCACGAGGAGGAGCCGUCAUCCACAGUAGAGGAAAUCACUGCGCCGAAAACCCUGCACGAGCACAGCGGCGCUGCUGAAGGAGGCGCGAGAGAGCCCGAGGAUAUGGAAGCGAUGCGUAGUGAAAAGGGAAGAGCGUCACAGAUUGAAAAAAACAUCGAAAACAUGGCGAAAGAAGAGCUGCAAAAACAACUAGUGGAACAAGUGGAGCUGAGAAAGAAGCUGGAACGGGAAUUCCAAUGUCUGAAAGACAAUUUUCAAGACCAAAUGAAAAGGGAGCUGUCAUACCGAGAAGAGAUGGUCCAGCAACUGCAGAUUGUUCGAGACACUUUGUGCAGCGAGUUGGACCAUGAAAGAAAGGCUCGUUAUGCUAUUCAACAGAAGUUAAAAGCUCACGACGCACUCCAUCAUUUCUCGUGUAAGAUGCUGACCCCUCGUCAAUGCUCUGGGACCUGUACUUUCAAGCCUCCUCUACUACCACCGUGAUGCCUUCCGAUUGUCCUUCACAAAUACAACUGCUCAAACCAGGGACAUUAAUAUAUCAAUAAAAACAACAUUUACAACCACCAGAAUUCAGUUAUUGACCUGCAGUGAGCAAGUGUAUGGUAGUUUCCUAGGUCUCAAACUUUAAUUACUACUAAAUAAAAAAGGCUUAUUGUAUCAACCGUAUCAUUUAUAUAAAAUAUAGCACAAUAAGAAACCCUGACAUGUUUCACUGAAAAUAUUAUCAUCUGUUAAGAAAAUAAAUUGUAAUAGGUGGCUUUGUGCAAUGCAUAUAGUAUGUAAUAUAUUUUAUUUAUUGUGAUACUCUUUCUGUUGGUGAAAUGUUAGGGCACUUUCUUACAUUAGAUCCUACACUAAUUUAUUAUUGUAUUUUUAACAGUUUUAUUUAAUCCAUGUUGUUCAUCAAUGUUUGUUCUCAUGUGUAAACAAUGUAAAAUUGAUGUAAAGCACUUUAAAUAGACAGCGCUGAUGGCAACCCUGAUGA